GUCCCUUCCAACCCUGAUAGUCUAGGAGUCUAUGAAAGAGUUGAGAUCUCCCUUGAAGUAGGAGCUGGAUCAGGUGUGGUUUCAACAUUUCUGGCUUCCAUUGUUGGACCCAGUGCAUUGUACAUAUGUACAGAUAUCAACCCUAUAGCAGCUUCUUGUACCUUGGAGACAGCUGUACUUAACAAAGUUCACAUUCACCCAGUAAUUACUGACUUGGUCACGGGAUUGUUACCAAGAUUAAGUGGGAAAGUUGAUCUACUACUAUUUAAUCCACCGUAUGUGGUAACCCCUUCUGAAGAGGUAGAAAGCCAUGGAAUAGAGGCAGCCUGGGCUGGAGGCAAAAAUGGCAGAGAAGUAAUGGAUAGGCUUUUUCCUUUAGUGCCAGACCUGCUUUCAACAGGAGGAUUAUUCUAUUUAGUUACAAUUAAAGAGAACAACCCAGAUGAAAUUUUGGAAACAAUGAAGAAAUACGGUUUAAGAGGUACUAGAGUACUUUCUAGACAAGCAGGAAGAGAAACUCUCACAAUUCUCAAAUUCAGCAAGUCCUGAUGACUGCUCUUAAAUCUUUAAACAUCUUCAGCAAUGGAAGUUAAACACAAAUGGUGUUACAAUGGUCAGGCUAUUUUGUGACUAUGAACUAGAACAACAGAUUUUGAAAAAAAAUUAUCCUGUCUCCUGACCUUUACAGGAAAAUUAGCAAAACUUUCAUUGUUCCCUUAACCUGGCCAUCAACCCACUGUGAUCUGUAAUGAGGGAGGGGGCAGUUGUUUCUGGACUUGGUUUUCUAUGUAGCAUAGUGGAACUGUAGCUGAAAUGUAAACUUUAAAAUGGACAGUCACACUUUAAAAUGAGGAAAUUCACUGAUAUGUAUUUUGUUUUAUAACUGGAAUAUUUUUAUGUGAUCAUACAUUUAAUAAUUGUUAACCUUUGUCAUUCAUUAUGGGUUCUCAAAACAGUGUUCUUGCUUUAGUACUUUGUCUUGUCUUAUGGUACUUAUUCUGUAGAGAUAUCUGGUUUAAACUAGUACAUAAGAAGCCACUGAUCUUGAGGUUAGUGGCCUCAGUCUUAUAUUUUGCAUUUGUUGCAGAAUCACCAAAAGCCUAGUGCAUAGAAACUAAUUUUGCUUCCAUAGUCGGAACACUCUUGAUCUUAUCUUGCUACUGUAUUAUUGCUAUGAAUAUUCCAACAGAUGUACCCAAUAUGGAGUUCUGCUAUAUGUCAUCCAGGGUCUUUAAGCUAAAUACUAUGGGUUAAUAAACCAUGUAAAAAGUUCAGUUCAAUUCAGUUUAAUCAAUUUCUACCCUAAAAGAAUUUUGUAAGACUUUUUUUAGACUAUAAAAAGGAAGGUUUAGUUAAAAAGUAUUUUCAGUAGAGCCUAGCUGUUACAGUAUAGAAAACUAACAAGUGACAGUUCUUUAUGAAGCACGUCCAUAUAUGACUAUGGUAUGAUACCAUUCUUAUACUAACGCACCAUAAAAUGUAUGGGAUGGAGACUUGUAUGGUCUGAUUAUCUCCCUAUAUUUAAGCUUCUUCAUUUUCAGUUUAAACCGAUUUUUACGGAAAAAUUCCUGGAUUUACAAAAAGUAUUACUCGUUUUUUUUUCUGAUUUUCACCCUAUUUUUGUAUCAUUCAAAUAUAUAAAAAAUAACUUGCUUUAUUGGAAAAUACAUAAGGCUAUGUAUUAGUCAAGAAGAUACACACAAUAAACAAACAGGGGCACACGCAAGCUCUGAAGUUUGUGUGCAUCUGAACGUACUGAUGAAUCUCACGUCCACCACAUACACAUUGCAAGCUGUUAGCAGAUAACGGUUUAAAGAUUUGACACACUAAAAUGGGAAGAAAAAAAAUCUAUAUCAGAAUACAUUUCAGAACACAAGGAAGUAUUUGAAAGUUUUUAAAAAAACAAAAACAGGAGAAAAGGAUGAAGUUGAGGGUAUGCGCUGCAAAUGCUGUGGCCCAGUUAUUAAAAGUAAAUAUUUAUAGGCUAAUAAUUCCAAGUCUACAACAGUAAACUGUUUAUUUAAAUGAAAAAUUUUAUUGUUUUCUUAAACUCACAGGUGGCAUUGUGUUUUGAGUUCUGUUUUAGUUCUGCUGCAAACCACAUUGAUGAACGAAAUUCAAAGCAUUAAUAUACUGAAUACUUUUUUCCCCUGACUUUCUGUCCACCACAAUAAACCCCAUUAUUUACCCAGAAAAA